AUGAGAGUACUGACUAGGGCUUCAUUGCAAUUAUGGAGGGAGGGAAGAGAGCUUGCGUGAUUGGCGCCGGCGGCUUCAUUGCGUCGUGGAUCGUCGCCAAGCUGCUGGAUCGGGGCUACACGGUGCACGGCACCGUUCGAGAUCCAGAUGACGAUGAGAAGUAUGGGCAUUUGAAGAAGCUCCCUGGCGCCGGCGAGAGAUUAUCGCUGUGUAAAGCUGAUGUUCUCGACUAUGACUCGCUUGUGCGCGCUGUUCGUGGCUGCGAUGUUGUCUUCCACACCGCUUGUCCCGUUGCUCCAAAGUUUGAGGAUCCAGACGACGUGUUAAAACCCGCCAUGGAUGGUACUCGAAAUGUAAUGGAAGCUUGCCACAAGGAGAAUAUCAAGCGUGUUGUGUUCACCUCCUCUGGAGCUGCCAUAGCUUACAAUCCAAACCAUCCUCAAGAUCAAAUAAUCGAUGAGAGCUGCUGGUCUGAUCCUGAAUCCUGCCGAAAGAACCAGUACUGGUACAUGCUUGCUAAAACCGAGUCGGAGAAGCUCGUGAGCAAACUUGGCGACGAGUUUGGGAUCCAUGUUAUUGUGAUAUGCCCUGUGUUCGUGCUCGGCCCCAUCUUGCAAUCCAAGAUAAACACCAGUGUUGGAAUCGUGGCAAAUCUGCUGAAUGGCUCGAAAACCAGCUAUCCCAACACAUACUAUGCACUUGUGGACGUGCGAGAUGUUGCGGAGGCGCACAUUGCCGGCUACGAGGAUCCCAACGCCUCUGGCCGCUACUUCUGUGUAGCGUGCUCCAAGCUUUGCAAGGAAAUGAUCGAGACUCUCAAGGCGAAAUUCCCACAAUACUCGUACCCAGACAAGUGUGAAGGUGAGACCACUCAAGGCAUCUCAUUCGAGAAGAUCUCAAACAAGAAGAUCCUGUCCCUCAUCAAGGAGUUCAUCCCCUACGAGAAGAUGCUGGUGGACACGGUUGCUAGCCUGCAAGAGAAAGGCUUGCUCUAAACGCAAUGCUCGAAACUCCUAUAAACAUUGAUAUGGAACUGAGAGAUCAAACACUUCCAGGUUUGAAGAGUGCAUGUCGAGGUUGGCCUCUUCGUCUGCAAAGUAAGUUUUUCUUCCACCCCUGAGCUUCCCAUUAGCAGCAAACUUUCUUCCAGCUUCUCUAAGAGAUGCACGCCUCGGAGAUCCAUCCUCUGUUUGGAUGGCAGUUGGCAACCUUUGCAAUCUCUUAACAUUGAGGCUUGCCAAAUUUCAUGAUUUUAAUCGUCCAAAAGCUUAUUUUGGUUUGGUUC